AUGUCGGCAGCGGUGGACCUGGUGCGCAGGCUGAGCACGACUCUCUCGCAGUUCUCGCAGAAGAAGAGAGAGAAUUGGACGGGCAGGUUUGAUUUCCUGCUGUCGUGCAUCGGGUACGCGGUCGGUCUGGGGACCAUCUGGCGGUUUCCUUACGUCUGCUACCGAAAUGGUGGAGGUGCCUUCUUGAUCCCUUACGUGAUAUACAUGAUCCUGCUUGGCAUGCCUCUUGUCAUUCUGGAGAUGGGAUUUGGUCAGUUCGCCAGCCUCAGCCCGAUCAGCAUCUGGAAGAUAUCACCCCUCUUCAAAGGCGUAGGUGUGGGCAUGGUGGUCAUUUCAGCGCUCACCUGCAUUUAUUACAACGUCAUCAUCGCUUGGACGCUCUUUUACUUCAGUCAAUCAUUCCGCUGGGAGUUACCGUGGAAGUCCUGCAACAAUCCCUGGAACACCCCCCUCUGCUUCACCAGGGUGGCCGAUAAUGCCUCCGAUUUGAAUGCAACACUCACUAAGAGACUUCUUAUUGCCUCCAGUACCAACGGAACAAAGUGGAAAACUGCCAGUGAAGAAUUUUGGAGUCACAGAGUUUUGAAAAUGUCUGCCGGCAUCGACCAGCCUGGUUCGCCGGACUGGGAACUCCUCAUCUGCCUCGUCGUGGCCUGGCUCUUCAUCUUCCUCUGCCUCUCCAAAGGGAUCAAAUCUUCAGGAAAGGUAGUGUACGUGACAGCCACCUUACCUUACGUGCUUCUGCUUAUUUUCAUCAUUAAAGGCCUGACCAUGGACGGAGCGAUAGAUGGCAUCAAAUUUUAUCUCCUGCCAAAAUGGAGUAAGCUCAUGUCCUUCCAGCCCUGGUUGGAAGCAGCCCAGCAGAUGUUUUACAGCAUGGGAGCAGCUUGGGGUGCUUGGAUAACAAUGGCCAGUUACAACAAAUUCAAUAACAAUUUCUAUAGGGAUGCAGUGAUAGUAUCAUUGGUCGACACGUUAACAGCGUUUUUAUCUGGUUUUGUUAUCUUCUCAACACUGGGUUACAUGGCAAAACAAACGAAACUCGAUAUUUCAGAGGUCGUAGUCGAUGGGCCUGGCCUUGUAUUCAUCGUGAUGCCUGAAGCCAUCUCCAGCAUGCCUCUCUCUCCUUUCUGGGCUGUUUUGUUCUUCAUCUUCAUCUUUUUUGUCGGAGUCGAUAGUCAGUUUGGUAUGUUUGAAACGGUCCUGAGCAGCAUAUUUGACAUUUACCCGGCACUGACACGCAAGAAGUACAUCUUCACUGGCGUUCUCUGCUUUUUGGAGUUGAUCGUCGGUCUUGCGUGCAUCACUAAGGGAGGUAUAUAUGUAUUUCAAAUAAUGGAUUGGUACUGUUCUACGUUUUCUCUAAUGGUCCUCUCAUUGAUUGAAUGCCUCGCCAUCUCCUGGAUCUACGGUUCGACUCGUUUCUACCACGAUAUGCACAUGAUGCUCGGCCGGACCCCUUCAAAAUGGUGGGCUAUAUGUUGGAAAGCCAUCACCCCCACGCUUAUCACGUUCAUCUUCAUAACGAACAUCGUGACACACACUCCUGCGUCCUACGGUGAUUACACCUACCCAACAUGGGCCAUUAUCAUGGGGCUAUGUUUGGCUCUCAGUUCAAUUCUCGUUAUUCCUCUUAUGGCUAUCAUUGAGCUUUUUAAACAUAAGGGCUCUUUUGUUCAGAGAUUAAAGAAUGCCACCAAACCAACGCACGACUGGGGACCGGCUGAUAGAAUAAGAAAUGAAUCGUACAAGAGAAAGUUGUCAGGGAAAGUUGCAGCUGUGAUUGAAGUGAGCAAUGGCGAUGGCGACGUCGAAAGCGAUGGUGCCGUGCCAGUUCUCAAAAAUCUCUCUCCGAAAGAUGCUCUCUGAUUCAGAUGCAGCGUUCCUAUAAUCUUUCAUUCAUUCAUUCGUUCGUUCUUUCUUUAAUUUGUUCGUUCCUUUAUUUUCUUGACCGAUUUGUUUGAAAUUUGCUCACACUUCAUUUAUAUAAUAUAAUUUAUUUAACGUACGUGAUUCGUGCAAUUUGUACGUUUCGUGCAAUUUUUAGCCAUUUUUUACUCCUAAACAUUGCAGAAUUAAUAAUUCCUUCUUUUUUGUAUUAUUUUGGUUAUAUAGGUGAUUUAUUUUUGGUACGUGUAUUCAUUUGUAGGCAGGGAUACGCGUGUGUCUACGAACGAACUUUGCGGCUCUGUAUAUGUGUAAAUCAUGUUUCGUGUCAUUAUAUGGUUCUGCACUGGAUCAUUGCCAACAACCAACCCUAUACAAUACUUUUUUGACUGAAUUUUAGAUUAAUUUUCACUAUUUCGUUUGCCAAUUUUUAAAAAAUUGUUUUUUCUUCAUCCAAUUAAUUAGUAAAAUAACAUUUUUGUUAGAUUAAUGGAAUUAUUUCUUUGCAGUUUUUAUUCAAUUUAAAUGAAAUUUUAUUUGUUUAGAAUUGACAUUAUAAUUAUUUAACGGUUCGAAAUCAAUAAAUUUUAAAUAAAAGUUAGAACGAA